GUCUCUGCACUGCUGGCCGCAAGAGGCCUUGGGCCCGGCUGGUGCCUCCACCAGCGGAGUCCUAGAAGGAGGCAGCCACUGAACGCCUGCCCUUUUGGGGAGGGGGAGGCAAGAGAGUGCAAAGGACAGCCCUGAAUGCUUUCACCCCUGAACAGCAAGCAUGGAGCAGAAGCAAUACAAGGACGUGGCUGAUGAGGGACCCCCGUCCCAUGGAGGUGAGCUCUGCUCCGUCCGAGACCUGCUUCCUUUCCUAGAGGCAGAGAACCAGAAGGACACGGUGGUUCGUCUUGUGCGGGCCGCCCUCAGCUGCCCAGCGGCCACGAUGCCGGCGCUUCUGGUCACGAUCCAGCAGGAGGAGGCCUCCGUCCGGCAGAAGGUGGUGGUCUAUCACAGCCUCCAGGCCCUCCUGGAACAUGGCGUGGAAGUGGAGCCCACUCGGGACUUCAUUGUGGCUGCCUCCGAGCAACUGAGGGCACCUCUGGCGCCACAGGAGGGGAGUCCCUGGGAACUCCAGGUGGCCGCCAGUAACACCUUGGCCAUCCUUGCCCGGGGCCACUUUAACCCCGUCAUGACAGAGCUUCAGCGGCAUCUCAGGCCCUUCACGCAGCCGGGCGCGUUCACCCUUCUCGCCCUCGGCAGGAUGGCAGGCACCGAUGUGUACGGCUGCAUCCCCUUCUUGGGCAUCACCCUGGCCACGCUGCAGACCGUUGUGCGCUGGAUCGUGGAUAGCUGGAGGCGCCGGGCGCUUUGCGCAGCCCUCCAACAGAUGUGCCGAGCCAUCCGGAUCUACCUGCAAAGCUGGGGGAAAAGCUCCUACCCCCGGAUCAGGGUCCAGCAGUUCGCCAGCUACCUCUUUCCCCUCUACGCCUCCAUGGUCCGCACGUGGCUGGCCGAAAGCGACCCCCAGGUCAAGCUGGCUGUUUUGAAGGCGCUGGGCCCCAUGCUGAGCCUCCUCCUGCCCAAGAGGGAAUUCCAGGCUCGGGUUUACGAAGACCUCCUUCUGCUCUCAGAGCAGUACGAGAGUGGGAUCGACCCUGUUCUUAUCACAAAGCUGCUGAGCCAGAUCUUGAAAGCUUCCUUGGUGAACCAUCACCCCAUCCCAAGGCUGCUGGUGGAGCCCCUUACUUGUGUUCUGAGCCACCAGAUUUGCAUCCGGGGACGAGAGCCGCACAGCCGUGAGAACUGUGCUGAGAUCUCCCACAUCUUCUUGUGCCUGGCCCGUUCCCGCCCCUCGGAUCUGCUGGGGGCUUUUGAGAAGAAACUGGAAAAAGGCCACAAAGAGCUUCGGGUGACAUUGCUGCUCUUGCUCUCCAAAAUCGUGGGUGCUCAGGCCCGUUCCCGCCCCUCGGAUCUGCUGGGGGCUUUUGAGAAGAAACUGGAAAAAGGCCACAAAGAGCUUCGGGUGACAUUGCUGCUCUUGCUCUCCAAAAUCGUGGGUGCUCAGGCGCCGGAGGUCUGGAGCAGGAGGCAGCUGUGCGUGAAGGCGGUGAAGGCUGUGCUGAGGGACCGCGGUGCCAAGGUUCGUCUGGCCACGCUCCGGGUCAUCGAGAAGCUGCUGCACAUGGGGUACCUUGAGAAGGUGGAAGGCUGGCCUCUGAGUUACAUCUGUCUGCAGCUGGCUGUGUCUGCCCACCAGCUGACGCACCCAACACGGAGGCUCCCCCUGGGCGGCCUGGAGGAGAAGGCCAUCGAGAGGGCAGCCAUGGACGCCCUCCAUGCAGCUGUGGCAACCCAGAGGUGUGCCAGCCAGGAAUUAUGGGCGAGGAUGCUGGGCUACCUGAUGCAGCCCUAUCACACCGCUUCCGCCGUGCCCUUGUGCCAUGCCCUGAGGCUGCUGGCCAAGCAGCGGCUGCGCCAGGUGGCCUGCAAGGAGGGCAAGCUGGAACCAGUGGACUCUCCGACCCCCCAGGAACUGCUGAUUUGGCUGCUGGUGAGUGAGGACCUGGGCCCAGGGGAGAAUCCUGCUCAUCCGGUGGCCCCAGAAGAGAGGAGAACGUUGUACCUUCUUUACUCACAGAGCUUGGCGGUUUCACCCUUCGAAGAAUCCGGCCGAGGGGCAGCUGCCUUGCGCCUGCUCAGCGCUCUGUGCCCGGAGAUCUACCAGGAUGUGGCCGAGCACUGGUGGGUGGAGGUGCCAGUCCUGGUCCGUUACCUGGAAGGCCACAGCAAGUACACGCUGGAGGCAGCCACGUGGGAGCAGAAGCUGCUGGAGUUCCUAGGGAAGUCUUUGCACCAUCAUCCUCAGUGGACGGGCGGCCCGGAGGAAGGCAGUGCAUGGAUCCUGCGGCUGGGGCAGGAGAUCGCGAAGCUGGUGGGCCUGGCUCACGGCUGCCCCACUGAGAAGGCGUUCCUCUACAAGGCCUUGGGGACGACCCUGUCCUUGGCAGAAGAGUCCAAGGGGGUGGCUUCACAGCUCAUUGAGGUGAUGAUGCAGACGGAUUACACCGAUGAAGGUCAGAGAAAGGGCCUUCGCUGGUGCUUGGCUUAUUGUGCGAAGGGGCAGCUGCGGGCGGUGCUGGCGGCCCUGAAACUCUUUGAGGAGAAGGCUGUGUCGGGCGCGGGAUUCGAAGAGGAGCCCGUUUGCCUUCACUCCGGCCAGGGCUUGGCGGAGACGGCCAGGGUGAGGAGCGCCCUCCUGUCGCUCUACAGCUGCACUGUGCUCUGGGCUCCUGGGGAGCAGCUGAGGGCUCACCUGGAGAGCAGGAUUGUCCCCGGGAUCCUGCGCCAUUACACGGCCUCGGCUGGUCCCCAGAGAGCCAAGGACACCGAGCUGGUCCUCAGCUUCGCCCAGAGCGUGUCGGAGGUCAGUCUCUCCAUCCAGGCCCACGGGGAGCCCCGUGCUUUCCGCCUGUCCCAGAAGCGAGCCCUGCUGGACCAUCUCAUGAACUGCCCAUCAGGGGUUGAACGGUGA